GCCAGUGGAAAUAUUUUUAAUAUUUUUAUUUACCAUUUAUUCAGUAAUGUCGUAAUGCAUGUAGAGUCUGAUCCAAUAUGUGUAUAAACAGUUCAGGUACACAUAGUGGUUAAUGAAAUGAAGUAAAGCAAGAAAAACGUUUAAUUAUUAUUUUUGAGGUUCCACGUAUUGGGGUAUUCUUAAUAGGAAGGUUAAAAUAACCAAGUGAUUUUGGUUAUAUUUAUGUUCAUUUAUUUGUUAUGCAACUUUUCUAAUUUUUUUCUUUUAAUGUGCUCACCAGUAAUGGGGUCUUGAUACUACCAUACACAAUAUUUCUAACGAACUUUCCGUACCAAAUGUUUAGCAAUUAUUGACUUUCCAUUCUCAGUAUGACUUUUGGGUAUUUUUUCUACAAGUUGCCCCUAAUGUUCCACAAUAUUUUUGGGCCCAGUUAUAGGUAUGUCUCGUCAUUUCUAACAACUUAUCAUUGAAACAUUUCCAUCACAAAUGAUUCGUUUUCGAGAAAAUCACAUUAAUUUGUUACCUGAGUCCCCAGAGAGCUCCUGUGUGUUUGCAUGAUUGUUACUAGUUUGCAGUACACAUGCACUAUAGAUUGGUUAGGUUAGGUUAGUUGCUUCAAUACUGCACCAACUCUGUUGGGGGGGUCCUGGGGGUGGAGACACCCCAUCACUCAGGGGGCUUGGCUAGGUAAUAUAUAUAUAUUCUGAACAUUGGCGGUUAGGUCAGGAUGGGUUAACACAGAAACUGAUUUUGAUAUGAAACCUUGGUUUUUCCGAAGGGUUUUGGUGUGAUUCAUUCGAAUUUGAUAAUCUUUCACCAAAACUUGGCUUGGAUUUUCCAAUUUUGGCGUUUCUUUACUUGUUAAAAAUGGAAAUUCAUGCCAACUUUGGUCACUUAUAUAGCAUAUCACAUAGUCUUUGCAUUUCAACUUUAAAAAAUGCCUAUUUCCCACGGGUUCCCCAAGAUUGUCAAACUAAAAAACGAGUCAUAUGCAAUAGAAAUGAAGGUCAGAAUCGUUCAAAACACAUUAAAAACCAAUGGUAAAACUUAAGUUUUAUGUCCAAAACCAUUAUGGGCAACUUGUAAACAUUUAGCAACUUUUGGUGCAUAGCUUUAAAUUCAUGCCAGCAAAUGCGAAUUGUCUUAAAGGUGACGAUGGCAUGAUUUUGGUGAACCCAACCUCACCUCACCUCAUCUAACCUUACCUUACUUGACUAAAAGAUGCUCAAAGAUUGUUAAGUAAAUUUGGUUAAGUUUGGUUGCUUUACCGGUACGGUAAUACCCCCGUUAGCUGGAAUCCUUCUUAACCAUAACUCUCCCAUAACUGGAAUUGAAAUUUUCUGUGGGGCACAUUUUCUGUAAAAUUUCGAGAAAGUUUUCCCAGUACCCGGGAAAUUUCAGGGAUGAGGGAGCUUUUUCUGGGUUUUAGAGAUGAAAAUCAGGCGCAUUUUCUGGAAAUUCUGUGAAAAUUGAUCGGAACCCGAAAAAUUACAGGGAUGAGGGAAUAUUUUUCAGGGUUCAAGAGAUGAUGUAAUGUGCAAUUUUUGGAACUUCCGAAAAUAUUUGUCCGUAACCCAAUAAAUUCCGGGGAUGAGGGAAUUUUUUCCCAGCGUUAAGAGUCGUCUCGUUAUCCGGAAAUCUCUCAUUCCCGGAAGUCCUCUGCACCAACUGUUCCUGUUAGCAGAGAUGUCACAUAUAUUUUGGAAGAACUUACAUAUUUUUUCCUCAUUGUAUAUUUAGGCUAGAAUAUGUAAAAAAAAUAAGAGAAUAUUGAAAACAAUUAUGGCAGCUGUACGGUAUAGAAGUCACUACGUAAUUUACUUUGACUCUAGAACAUUAUUAACACCGUAGGAAACAUCUUUUCUGUCCUGAUUAAUAAGAAUGAAAUCAGAAACAACUUCAUGUGAUGAUGUAGAGACAUUCUAACUGUGUCCCAGCUGGUGAAGGUACAACUGUCCUGCCAGCAGAUGAUUGUUAAUUUAUUUUUUUAUUUAUAUAGUUUAAUCAUUUAUUGAUAUUUAUUGACUGGGUGCAAGGGAUGGGACCACUGGCAGUCACUUGUUUUACUUUUAAGUCUUGACAUUGAUAGGUGAUCUGAAACUCAUUUGAUUGCAAGAGAUAUGUAGUACCGUACUCGGGUGUAAAUGGUCUGGAUAUAAUAGUUAUGUUUCACAUUCAGUUAAAAUCUAUUACUUUAUGCUAUACCAAUCUUGUUUGAACAAGCACGAUAACACGAUGGAUCCUCGUGUCACAGUCAACUUUGUGUGCCAGCGUUGCCUGCACCCCAUACAGCUGGAUCCUGGGUUCUCGCACCUCAAUGAACACACACUUGCUGAACUUGCAUUGCCUAUAUACCCUGGGGAGGAAGUAGAGUUUGACCCAUCGGUGGUAGAUAAGCUGGUGCCGCCCCUUCAGCUGACUGAUUCUGGUCACCACCCUCAUGGCUUCACCCUCGUUGGAGAAUCAGGUGACACUGAGAAGACACAACCUCUUAAGGUAGCUACGGGGCUGUAUGACUUGGUCAGCUCAAACAGCGACAUCGACCAUCCUCUCUGCGAAGAAUGUACAGAUGCUCUCCUGGACUUGAUGGAUACAACACUGUCCAGGACUCAGAGACAGGCACACAUGUCCCAGCAGUUACUGGCCUCCCUGACAGACAUGCCUGAUACUGAUGUUACAGCCUUAGAGAAUGAGUUGGCAAAUCUCCAGCUAGAAGAGGAACGACUGAUCAAGGAGUUGGCUGAGGUAGAAUCUGAACAGGAUGCUGCACAAUGUGUUUUGGAGAAACACGAAGAGGAGAAGGCACGACUUGAGGAUGAGGAGGAGCGUUACUGGCGGGAGUAUUGCACCCACAAGUCUCAGCUCACAGCCAUGGAAGAUGAGAAUAGAAGUUUGAAGAGUCAGCUGAGCUACACGCAAAAUCAGCUUGAACGACUGAAGAAAACCAACGUAUUCAACACCACUUUCCACAUCUGGCAUUCGGGGCAUUUUGGAACCAUUAAUAAUCUCCGGCUGGGUCGUCUCCCCACAGCUCCAGUCGCUUGGCAGGAGAUAAAUGCUGCCUGGGGCCAAACCGUCCUUCUCUUGGCUUCACUUGCUAGGAAAAUUGGACUUAAAUUUUCAAAGUAUAGAUUGGUUCCUUAUGGCAAUCAUUCAUAUAUUGAGGUUAUAGGUGAAAAUCGUGAAUUGCCAUUGUAUGGAUCUGGUGGAUUUCGAUUUCUCUGGGAUACCAAGUUUGACGCAGGGAUGACGGCCUUCUUGGAGUGUGUGGCCGAGUUCCAGCAACACGUUGAGGCACAAGGAGGCCAGGCGGCACGAUUCUGCCUACCUUACCGUAUAAACAAACACUGCAUCGAAGAUCCCAAUUCCUGCAAUUCUAUGUCCAUUAAGAUGCAGUUCAACAGUGAGGAGCAGUGGACCAAAGCUCUCAAGUUCCUGUUGACUAAUCUGAAAUGGGGACUUACUUGGGUAUCUUCAGCCCUUUUUUCUAGCACACAGGGAGAGGCAUAGGAGGAAGCCAUUAUUGUGAGGAACAAGUAUCCAGAAAGGCUUGGGAAACAAUUUGAGGAGAGAGAGACCAUGGUGGGGCUGUUGUCACACUUACUGCAAAAACUAAGAGAGGUAGUGUAGUGUCAGAAUUUUUAUUGGAAGUCCUACUCAAGUUUGCUUGUUUGGAAGACCUACACUGGUUUUUAGUAGUCAAUAUCCUGCACUGUUGUGUGGAGUUACAGGGAGAAAUCAGCUAGAUAUUGGGGCAUUGUGGAAGGAGAACACCAUAGCACAGGAGUUAGAGUGAAUGAUUGAGAGUACUGUAAUUGAAUGGGAAAUCUGUAUUUGUUUUGUGUCUGGCCAUCCUGCAGUAUACUGUAUUGAAGCAGGUUUUGAAGGAGUGAAAAAAUAAAAUAAAAACAAUUACAGUAUACAGGGGUAUAGGAAUUAAUGUUUUUUUUAACUGAAUGGCAAUACAAAAAGUGAAUUUACACUGUAGAAUUCCGUAUUAAUUAUCUGUAGUAACUUCCUGCCUUCCUAUUGUAAGUACAGUACUACUGUAUAUGACCCUGAAGCUAGCACCCAAGUCUUGAUAUGUUUGGUGGGUCAGCACAAGACCGAGAAUAUUAACUGGAAAAUUUUUUCUAUAACCCAACUACAGUAGUUAACAAUGCUUUAGGUAAGUUACAUUUGUUAGAAUUGUAUGUGUGUCAAGCAGCAUAAAUAUAUCACCAGAUUUUUGUAUACAGGGAGAGUAAGAUAAAUUUUGGUGGGAAGUGAUGAACAGCAGUGUUAUAGAAUACAAGUACAGUAUUCCUCUUUUAUUGGAAAGGUUCUGUUCCUGAAAACUCUUGUCAUGUGCAAAAUAGCAAAAUGUCAAACUAUAAUUUUCCCACGAGAAAAUAUUUUAAGGGGUGAUGCAUAAUUGGGCUGAUUUUUUUUGUACAAAGCAUUUAUAAAUCGAUGAAGGAUCAUGAAAUACACACAAAUACAUAAUAUAAUAGUUAGAAAUACUCUAGUUAAUCCAUCCUAGAUGUAUGGGAUUGAAAGUUGGAAAUGGAACGAUGGAGACCAUUCUAAAAUUCAACUGUUGAAUUACUAGAGAGGCAAUAAAAAUUGCAUGCAAGAUGCAGAGUGGCUAUGGAGUCUCAGAUAGGUUAGAAGAGGUUCGUUGAUGUGAUUUGGAUGGUGGUCUGACUUUUUGUCACUGGUGUAUUGUAUAUCAUGUUAUAUUUACUAAAUUUAGAUGCUAAUGUUAUUAUUUUGGAGGUGAUGAAGCAAUGGUUAGGUUUAUUCUGAACCAGUGUCGAAAUGUUCUAGAACCGAUUUAGAAUGGGGAGAAGAAUUUAGGCGUGUAACGAAUGUGUAGGAGUAUGGUAAAAGGAAACACAAUGGUAGGAGGUAGACAGCAUGCAGUAGCUAAAUGAAGUAUUGUAUGUGAGGGAGUUGUGUUGUAGAGGGAAUGGAAUAAGUUUAGAUAGACAACUGGUAUUUAGGUAGGAAGAUUUCUUCUUAUGUUCAUCCCAUCAACAGAGGCUCCUGUAAGAAAAUGAGGCAUGAGUGGUACAGUCUCGUUCAAGAUUCUUCAAACACUGCUGGAGACAGCUGGCAACUCAAGGCCGUUUGUUUACUAUAGUACAUAGUAUAAUAUAAUACGAAACAACAAAGCCCUACCA